CGUAAUCUAAAUUCAUAUCUUAAAUUGUUAUUCUCAGUGCCUCCAGAAAUAACUAUCCCACCAGAACCAAGGCCUUUACUUACCAUUGGAAAAAACUACACUCUGACCUGCAAUGCAUCUGGUGACCCUUUGCCAAAGAUUACAUGGACAAAAGAUGGAAUCCCGGCUGAAGAGUUUAAUGUGACAGGUUACAAGCUUCAUUUGACUGAUGUGAAGUUGAAGGAUGUAGGAUCAUACCGAUGUACAGUAUUUUAGUAAUGGAUAUGGAGUCGAAAAUGCCUCUAAUGUCAUUUGUAUAGCUUUUACAUUUGUGUGAAAAUGUAAGUUGUCUGUCCUGUAUAUUCAAAGCUGAUCUUCUGAUUACAGCAUGUCAACAAUCACCCAGUUAAAUAGUAAAUGUGGUAUAUAUUUGGCUUUGUUUCAUGAUAAAAUGGACUUUUCUACACUGUAUUUUGAAAACUAUUGCUUUCAAUCUCAAGUGGAAACAAAGCUAAGAUGAAAUAGGAUCACCUGCUAGCAGCUUUUUACUUUGAAAAGGUUUUUGAGUACAAGUCUUCCAGAGAUCAUGACAACUUGAUGGUUUAUCAUUUUCCUAAAAUAUAAAAGUACCCUUUUCCCCAUGCAUUUCAAGAUCUGAACUGAACUUUUGGAUGAUGAAAGAUUAGUUAUUUGACUUAAUUUAAUUUGAUUGAAAAAAUGAAGUGGGAAAAAAUAGUCCUGCUUAGAUAUAGUUUUGGAGUAACCUUAAAUUAUUGCUUAUUUUCUCUCUUUUUUUCAUAUACCAAAGGUAAUGAGUGUGAAAUUAAGACUGUUGGAAUAAAAUUAGAGAGUGAAACUUGGAAGUCAGCUUUGAAUAACAGAGAGUCAAUCGAGUUCAAAACAUUGCAGGCAAAUUUGUUAUCAGAAGUAAGUAUUUUGUAGAGUUAAAUACAAUGGGUGACCAUGGAAGGUCAAGAAUUUUUUUCUACAUGUAUGUGUACCAAUACACAUGUUUUAUGUUUGUCAUACAGUAGUAAUUUGGAAAUUUUUGAUGUUUGAGUACAGAUACCCUGUAAUUUCUUUUGUCCAGUACUGCUUGGAUUGACUUAGCUUCCUUUUCAUUCAUUUAAGAUGACUACCAAGGAAAAAUAAUUGGAGAAAUUGCUUUUCAUUAUCCUGCACCUCAUUUAACAUUCAGUGAAGAGUUUAACUUGAAUACAAACAACUUAAAAUACAUGUGCAUAUUUGUGCUCCUUUUUUUUUUUUUUUUUUGCUUUUCUUUAGAGGAAAAUUUAAUAUGAAUUUUACUAAGUAUACAAUGUAGGUACAUUUUGUGUACCUUAUUUACUUGAUUUAUGAUUCUGAACCAGGAGAUCAGAUUAUAAUAGCUUUGAAUUUAUUCCAAAUUUAGUCUGGGAGAGUGGAUUAGUCAAUGUGGCUAUGAAUUUUUUUUCAGCACCAACAAUGGUGCAUUUACACAUACAUGUAUCUGUAUUAGAAAUAUGAUGAUGUAAAUUUUACACCUGUGAAGCAAACCAAAAAUUGCUCUUUCAGACACACAGACGAAUGAAAUUUUUGUGUUCUGCAUGCACUUUACAUGUAUAUAAUGUAUGCAAUGUAUGUAUUUACAUGUAUAUUAUUUUUGAAUAGCACAUUUUGGCAUUUUUGUUCCUUGUAAAAUAACAUAACUCUCUUCCUUGUGUUUAAGAUAUCUAAGGUUUACACCAAAAGUCCUGUAAAAGAAUUGUACACAGUUGCUGUUGUUGAUUUCAGGUAACUGUUAAUUUUAGAGUGCUCAAGGUAUUCAUAUUUUUAAACAUUUGCUUUUGAAGAAGAUGAAUGCAGAAUUUAGUUUGUAUCACAAACUCCAUGGUUAGUUCAGGAAUUAGUUGAAGUUUACUGUUUACAGUGCAUUGAUUUGUAUACAAACAAUAAUUACUUGAGAUUUAAUAAUUUUAGAUUUAAGGAAUUGAAGUUUGGUGGAAUGAUGUCAUGGAGGAGAUGAAAAAGUAUCAACCACUUGUCAUUGUGCAAACAGCUUUGAUCAACAAGUUUCUCUUUUUUACUGAUAGAUCUGGUAGUGUCAUUGCUAAAGUAGAGAUGAAGUUUGGUAAAUCUGUCACUGACCCUUUGAAACCACUGGAAGAUGAAAUCAAAGAUGGAAAGCUUGGGGCAUUCAGAGUUAAAAGGGAACUUGAUUUGAAUCCAAGUAAGGCCUGGUCCACCUGACAAGUAGAUUCUAUUUUGCCAUGAUUAUAAAAAGUUACAAACUUACUCUGAAGCCUGUAUUGUUUGAAGAUUAGCUCUGGUUGAAAUGAGGUUAAAGUACUUCUACUUCUUAAGUCAGAGUGAACUCUUCUUUUUUGUCCUUUAUCCUUGCUUGUGAACAGCUCUGAAUUGCAAAAACUUUGUGGGAAGUGUUAGUUACAUGUAUAUAGAGGACAUGGUUUUCUUAAUCAAAGUCAGCUGUGUCUGUACUCUCACAGAUCAUAGGUAACAUUGACUUACUUCAAAACAACUAGUAUUCAGUUACUGUUACAAUUACUGUAACUAUAACUGAUCAUCAUUGCCUCAUUACUAUGAGUACAUUCAUUAGUAAUGUUCAGGUACUUUAAGUAAUGAUUAUUUCUAUUUAAAAGAUACAGUAGAAUAAUGAUCAGAUGUGUAUGGCUAAGAUAUCAGCCAUAUUGGACAUCUACAUGUACAUGUUGCCUAAAAGUAGUUGAAGCCUAGUUUUUGUUAUAUUUUUCAUAUGAUCUUUCAUAGGGGUAGUCUGGUGAGACCACCCACAGUUGUCUUUAAUCUUUUAUUGCUGGUUUGUGUUGCAUUGUGUACAAUGUGCAGUUUAUAACAAAAUGGUUCCGGUUUUGAUAAGAUAAAAUGUUCUCUCUUCAGCUACUCCGCCACCUACCUUCUCUUCUUCAACAACAUCAGAGAAACCAGAAGGGCCUUCAUCUGGAGCUCGCACCUCAAAAUUGACACAAAGUGAAUUGUGGGGUAUCAUAGGAGGAUGCAUUGCAUUUUUUCUUGUUGUUAUCAUCAUUAUUGUGGUGUCCUGCAUUUGCUGUAGGAAAAAGAAAAGUGGUGGUGCUUCAAAAGGUUAGCAAAACAAUAUGUUUGUUUUCUGACAAAAAUCUAGAGGGCAGUUGAAUUUAAAAAAAAAAAAAAACAUCAAACCACAACAUGCGCCAAUGCUGUACAUCCUCUUCCUGUAUCCUAUAUUGCCUCUACUGUUACUAAGGUCACUUGAUUGAACCACUAAAUUUUUUUUUUUUUUGCUUUUAUGAAUUCAAGGUGGUAGGAACAAAUACAGUGAAGCUGAUGGUUACCGCAUGUAAGUACAGUAUACACUUGUGUUUUGUCACUUGGCAGCAAUGGCCAGAACCCUGGCUGCUCUUUUCUUUGUGUUCUUAGUUUAGACACUGGCCAUACCAGGAAUAUUAGUGGGUCUUGCAAAGUGCCAGGGGACUUGAGAAUAUUUCUUGUUUUUGUUUCAUUUUUUUAGGUUUUUUGAGGAGAGGAGAGGGGGGCCAGGGGUAGACUUAUGGUGGCAGCAGCCAUACAAUUAGUUCUCACAAGCCAAAGAACUUAGUUAAGAUCCAACUGCAUAGGCCACCAUGCUCACAAGCUAACCAAACUCCUUUGUGAAUGAAAAGCUGGCAUGGUACACUGUACAAAAUGAAGAAGCUUUGAAGACAGAAAGCACCACAAUGUUAACCUCUGAGACUAUCUAGUAUUCAAUUCUUGAGUACUUCAAUAACAAAAAUUUAGAACCCUAACAUUCAAGUUUUUUGCCCUAUUUCUUUAAUCACGAGCUUGUUUCCUCACAAUGACAUAAUGUAAGGGUGAAUUGUCUGGUUUUAGGAACAAGCAGCCUCCUUCAGGACUUGGUACAGCCAGUCCAGCAUAUGUUGAGGCCAGGCAGUAUGCCCCAGUUUCUUCUGCAAUGAGACAGGUACGAAUUUUGUGAAAUUACAUAACUGCUUUGUGUGUUCCCCAUACCAAUGUAGUUUACUCUCAUAUGUCACGUAUGUAUUAGUAUUUCAGGGUUUACCAUACUAAAGUACAUUCCCAAGUAUGGGUUGUGUACCCCAGUAUCAACAAAGUGACCUUGAAAACUUCUCUUAACUUGUACCUAUGAAAAUAUCCAAAUUGUGGAAUGGGCUCAAAUCUUGGUUUUGAAGUCGCACCACUUUUCUUUGUCAUGUUCCUGAGUGUUGCUAUGAUGUGUUUUCAUUCCUCAGCAUUAUCAAGAAGUAAACACCAAUUAUUUUUAAAUGCAAAGGUUUUUUUAUUAUGUCAAUAUUAUAAUGUCCCCUCCAUAUUCCAGAAAGUCUUGACAGCAUGAGGGACUUUUCGGUAUUGAUAUGUACUGCACAUCUCCCUUUGUUAUAAGUACAUACAGUGUAGAUUAGUUGUAGUUCGUACAUAGAGAAUCAAGAAGUUUAACAGUCAAACAAAUUGGGAGUGGUUGCAGUUUGCAGUUUGGUAAUAACUUGAAGUUGGUAGAUGAAUUUACUCUUCUUAUGUAAAGAGUUCCAGUAAGAUCAUGAGUUGAACUUGCAGUAUACAUUGUUCAUAUCAUAAGCUUCUGCUGUUCAUACACAUGUAAUGACAUAAUGUGUCAUGACUCAUCAGAAUUUGAUGUAAAGUCAUUUCUCUGUCAUGGAACCUCCCCUGACAUUUUUGCCAUUUUUGUCUAUGAGCCUGCUUAGGAGCAGUAGUAUGUUGUGGCUACCCAUAUAAUUCCUAUCAUAUUGUGACAAUCAUAUUUACUAGUACUUGCAUAAUUUGCCUUUCCAAAAAUUGUUCCAUUUCCUACCCUGAGAAUUUGUUUAUAUUUUAUUGUGACAAUCAUAUUUACUAGUACUUGCGUAAUUUGCCUUUCCAAAAAUUGUUCCUUUUCCUACUCUGAGAAUUUGUUUAUAUUUAUUUGACCUAAAUGAAGUCAUUUAUCAAUUCCAAGAAAGAAGAAAAAUAGACAGGUAUUUUGCUUUCUCUAGGAUGAACAACGAAAAGGACCAAACUAUAUGGAGCCUGCCUUUGGCAACUCACCUGCAUCUUACAAGCAGCCUCCCCCAUACUCAGCCACAGAAUACAGUGAGAUAGCUUCCCAGAAAGGAGGACAGCAGGGAGAGGGUGGUGGCUUUGAGUUGUGGUGCUAA